AUGUCUGCCCCCAAUCCCCGCGGUCGCGGUGGAAGCAGCAUGAGAGGCCUUCGAGGUGCAGCCAGCUCAUCUCAAAAUCGCGGUAGCUCUAGAGGAAGGGGCGCGUCCGCCGCGCGCGGGUUGCUUCGCGGUGGAAGAGGAGCAGCGCCGACACCAUCGAAUGCCCAGGGACUGCUUCAGCAGAUGCGCAAUGGGACUAUCCCUCGAGGCACAAGCACGGGCGCUGCUCCCGGAGCGCGAGGUCGAGGAACCACACGAGCGACCACCACUUCAACCCCUCGAGGCGGAAGCAGAGGUCACAGCUCCAGGUCAUUCAGCAAUCUGCACAACAAUGAUUCGCCCUCAAACUCGCGACCCUCCUCACCCUUCGUGUCCACCGAUACCUCUUCCACCGGCGAUGUCCAGCAUCGAUACAAUGUGCUCAAAAACCUUAGAGAGGAAGAACGGAGAGAAGCCAUCCGGGCUGGCUUCCUGGCCGAUCCGGACAAGAAGACGACGCUCGAUAAAGCGAUCACCCCAGUCGGCACGUGUACCGAGAUGUGCCCGCCCUACGAGCGAGUCGAGCGCAUUGUGCAGAUGAUGGUAGAUCGAUGUGAAAGAGUUCCCGAUCCCAAUGGCGGCCGACCAGCGGCUUCGGAAGAGAUCAUGGUCAAGCGCUUUCGACGAUCCGCGGCCGGAGACGAUGAACAAGUCCCCUCGGAUAUUCGCACACCCAAAACAUUACGCAUGACGUUGGAUUAUCUGGUGGAUAAGCUCAUUGGUGGCCCUGAGAGACUUGCUGUCGUCCACAAGUUUGUUUGGGAUCGGACAAGAGCAAUACGCAAUGACUUCUCUAUCCAGCAAGUCUCAAAAGAUGGGGAUGUUCAAAUCGCGGUUGAAUGCUUCGAGAGGAUUGCGCGCUUCCAUAUUAUGGCUCUGCACCAGCUGUCAAACCCGGAGAACCUGCUCGAGGGUGAAAACUUCGACGUGUAUCAGGAGCGCGAGCAGUUGAACAACACCCUGCUCUCCCUACUAUACUACUACGAUGACCACCGCGAUCAGAUCAACUUCCCCAACGAAGCCGAGUUCCGCGCCUAUCACAUCAUUCUUGCAUUCCAAUCGCAGCAUCCCGACAUCGAGGAUCGUGUCCAGUCGUGGCCCUUACAUUUACUGGCCGAUGGCAGAGUUCAGAGCGCUUUAAGGCUCUAUCAGGCUGCCGGUAACACCUUAUUCGACCAAGGACCGCUCAAGCCAAUAACACCGUUCACGCCCGCUCAGAAUGAUUCUGGUCACUUCUGGACCAUCAUGGCCUCAGGCGCGGUGCCAUAUCUGCUCGCUUGCGUUACGGAAUUGUAUUUCAAUCAGGCACGGUUUGGUGCCCUGGAAGCCUUGUGGCGAUCAUCCAAGUCUGCGCCAAGUGCUCAGCAAGCCAAGUUUCGAGACUGGACUCUACAGGUGAUCACAGAGUACCUAGGCUUCGACACCGAGGAGCAGACCGUGGAUUUCUGCGCGUCCUUUGGCCUGAACUUUUCGACAGAUCCGCAAGGAGUUACAUAUUUGGAUGUUGCCGGACACAAAGAGACCUCCCUCGACCAAUCAUCCAUCCCCAAAGGAAUUGUUUUCUCGCAUACGUACGUCGAAGACAAGCGAUGCUCCCGCACCUUGAUGGCUGUCAUCAACAAUGUAAGGCCAGCGGACGCUCUUCGUCAAGGAAUGGUUGAAGAAUCCGAUGGAGUGUCUCAACAGCAAGAAGUUGAAGAUGAUGGACAAAGCCUGUUCAUUCCCGAGACCGGUGCUGGGAAGCAGUCGCUAGGACCGAAUACGUUCAACCCAGAGGCGGCGGCUUUCGAACCCUCGAAGCCCUUCGACCCAGGUGCUGCCACAGCUACUUCCACGAUUUUCGGUCAGAGCUCCAACGUGCCAGCCAGCUCACCGUUUGGGACCAAGUCAGCGGCGCCGACGUCAAGUUCGUCCAGCUUCACCAAGAAGUUUGGAGAGAAUCUUCAACAGUCUUGGUCAAGCAUGACCUCGGCGCCUUCUCAAUCGACGGCAGGAUCUAGUCAGAAGUUUGGAGAUGCAGAUCAGCCAUGGGGUCAAUUUGCAACCAAUGAAGCCAAGCCGCCUCUGCCCAACUUCAUGACUAUGUUUGGAACGUCUAGGCCGAGCACUGAGGAGAACAACAUCUUUGGACCCAACCCAACGGCGCAAGUGAAGUCGGCUCCAACGCCUAGCCAAGGCCAAAAUCUUGGCGAGAACGUGCCAACGACGACUUUGACUUCGGUCGCUUUCGACUCUCAGAAGUUCGGGAAUUCCGCCCUGAAAUCGUGGCAGCCUGUAUCGACGAGUGGACCCCGGUUCUCACAACCUGCAGUUACUGCAGCGCAGCAAGCGACAGCACCGCUCAGCGGUUUCAAUUUUGCCAAGCCAGCUGCAUCGCCAGACACUGUACCCUCAUCUACGCCUCAAAUACCUAACGCACCAGCAGCCUCAAUUGCAGACCAGCAAGGACCUCUGUCUUUCUCUUUCACCCCUCAGCCAAACACGCUUCCGGAGAGCAAGUCAGCUUCUCCGUCCUCCUCACACGCUCAAUCGAGUGCACAAAAGCCAAGUUUUAGUUUCUUCUCACAACCCACGACCAAAACUGCGCCGCCUGCGCCGCCUGCGCAGCUGAACCAGCUUCCGGAACCAGUCCUUCACCAACCUCAGCCUUUUCCAACACCUUCAUCCGCUGAUGUAUCAAAGCCAGCUGCUCCUCUUUUCAAUUUGACGCCUAAGGCAGCGGAACCUGCUCAAGCAACCUCUCCACCAGCUCAAAAGCCUCUCAGCAAUAUUAAGCCUGUAUCAGUCUCGUCGGUAUCCGAAAGCACGCCCAGCUCACCAAAAGCUACUUCUGAGCCCUCUGCCGGUAUUUCCCCAGAUUCAGACCACAAUCAGCGCUCUUCAGGCCAGAGCAAGAGUACUACUCCUCCACAUUCGCCGGUGCAGCCGCAGCACGCACGUCAGUCACCGCAGAUUGGAUCGCAAUUAAUCGAACACGUCGCGCGACUCUCACUAGCCCAACCCAACGGACUCAUUCAAGAGUAUCUCGAGUUCGCUUUGCCGCCCUUACUCGAGCGACUUGUGAAAGAACAUCGCGCCGAAGUCCGUCAAUUAACUCUUAGCCGGCUCAAAACCAGCUACUUAUUCCGCAAGUACGGUGCCUUCUGGAGGUCCAUCACUUGGCGAAACAACCUUAACAAGCGGGCGAGCAAGCGACGACAGAUGUUCUCCCAGUCUUUGAGAAUGGAAGCUGAAAAGAAGAAGCGACACGACGCAGAGCUGCAAGAGAUACUCGCCGCCAUGGAAGAAACCGAGCGAAUCAAAGCCGAGGCUCGAGAGCGACAGAAGGCCGAGAUCAAGCAAUUCAUCGACAAGAAGCCAGAGCGUAGCCAAAUCGCGGGCAGUAAGAGGAAGGGUCUCGGCGAAUCUCUUGCGGAUUCAUCACCAAACCUAUCAGCGAAUAAGAAUAGCUCAUCUCACCACAAGAGAUCGCGCACCAUUGGGAGCAUGUUGCCCCCGCCACCACCGGCACCACAACUGGCGACUUCUGCUCCCUCACCAAGUCACUUCCAUCAAUCGAUUUUCUCCAGCAGCAAACAUCUCAAUCGAUCGAGCAGCACUAGCAACCUACGCAAGUCUGAAAUUCGAAAAACACAGGACGAGACAAAAACCGACUAUUUCAAACUCGUUGCCCAAGGCAUCGAUCCCGACACACCUUUGGUGCCUCGGACUGCACGACAAGUCGAGGCAAAGCAGCGUAGAGACAGGGAAGAGCGAGAGGCUGCAAUCGCUCGAGCGUAUAAUCGCCGGAGAGUUGGACCUAUUGCGGCAUCUACAUCAAACUCUCGAGUUUCUUCCCCUGCUACCGGCUCACCAGCUGCGCCUCCGCCUGCGCCUUCCCCCGCGCCCUCAAACACGAGCUCAGUGUACGACCUCGAGACGGAUGGACUGUUGAAGCAGCUCCGAGAGGCCCGUGAGGCAAUGGCUGAUGACACCAAGUGGUUCAAAGAGCAGGCCGAGCGAAUGGGCAAAGAGGUGGAUGAAGAAAAGGUCCAGUCAAGCGCGAAUAGUGGUCGCAGCUUAUUGGUACCACAGAACGGCAAUGCCUCUGCUUCGCCAGCGCCUGGUAUGUCCAUGUCAAGGGUCGAGCAGUACAUUCAGCGCAAUGGUCCACGUCUGCUGUCUUACAAACCCAUUAGUGGAUCUGACUACAUUCCUGUGCCCAUGUCGAAGCGAAGCGCACAGCGUUACAGCAUAGAGGAAGAGGUCGAGGAAAUCGGGACGAAUGGCACAGCGAAGAAGCGCCGGAAGAGAGGUUCUGUGGAUCGAUCAUAUCGCCCUGGUCCGGAGGAGAUGGACGAGGAAGAAGACGAUAUGAACAUGUCUCCUCAAAAGCGAUCAAAGAAGCACAUCGUUUCUAUGGCUCGUACGAAAGCAUCGCAGCAGCCCGUCCAGCAUCUGCAGUCCUCGAACAAGUUUUCCCAGCUUCAAGAAUUCGUAUAUGGCAACGAGGACGAAGGUGAAGAGCAGCGGGACCGGGAUCUUUCUGCUGACGAGGAGGAUGAGACGGAGGGCUACGGGCACUACUUCCAACAAAAUGGAACAGCCACAGAUCAGUUCGAUGAUGAUCUCGUUGGAGGCGAGGAGGAAGAUUACAGCGACCAGUAUGGCGACGAGUACGAUGAGGACGACGAAGAGCUCGAGGAUGAGGAAGAUGGAUAUGACUAUGUUGGACAGCACCAACCUUCAAAAGUCUACUACGAAGAUGCGCCCACGCCCAACACCCAGGCCACCAGCCGAGCAACGAGCUCUGGACCAGGCGCCACGGUCGAGGAUGCAAUUCCUCUGAGCGACAGCGAUUGA